AUGCAGCACCCAGUCACCGGGGAGCGCUCUCCUCUCACAAUCAAACAUGCCUCGUUUGACGACGAGACCAACCCAAGCAGCAGUAUCAGCAUCAGCAGUAGUAGCAGAAGCAAGCCGUCCUCCAUCAUCACCGGCAUAUUGCGCAUCCCCCGUCUGAUAUGGGACUUUACUGAGAGCAACUUCGCCACCUUCGUCGUCCCCAACACGGCCUUCGGCCUCCUGGGCGGACUCACCGGAUCGCCUCUGACCACCUUGGGCCAGCCGACGAUGACAACGACGCUCUCGGUCCUGCAGCGUCUCCCUCUGGUCGUCGCCUUCAACUGGUAUAGCGUCCUCGUCUUCGACCUGGCCAACCAGCGCGGCCCGGAAUCCGUGGACGAGGAUCUCGUGAACAAGCCCUGGCGCCCCAUACCCGCGGGGAAAGUGACGCCCGAGCAGACGCGCAAGGCCAUGUUAGUCGCCAUCCCCGUGGUGCUGGCGCUCAACUACAUCCUGGACGUCUGGCGUGAGGGUGUCUUCAUCCUCAUCCUGACGUGGCUGUACAACGACCUCAGGGGCGGCGACGAGCUCGUCCGGGACGUCAUCAUUGCCGCGGCCUACGGCCUCUUCAACACGGCCUCGCUGAAAAUCGCCAUCGGCGGAGACGCAGAGGCGGCAGUCACCGACGAGGGCUACGUGUGGGCGUCCAUCAUCAGCGCCGUGAUCCUCACGACGAUGCAGGUGCAAGACCUCAAGGACCAGGCGGGCGACCGCGGGCGCGGGCGCGCGACGGUGCCCCUUUUCUUCGGCGACAGGGCUUCGCGUUUGUCUCUCGCGAUUCUCGUCCCGUUCUGGUCCUGCGUGUGCGUUUACGUCUGGAAUAUCCGCUCGUGGGCGGUGCUGCUGCCCACCAUGUCUGGCGCCAUGGUCGUCGCCGGGGUGCUCCGGACGAGGAGUCCGGAAACGGAUGCGCGAGCCUGGAAGUUGUGGUGCCUGUGGACGGUCUGUCUGUAUUCCCUGCCGCUCGUCGGUGACGGUUUCGUGUCGUUGACGACACAUGGUUAA